AUGGCUGAUGUACAAGCAAUCUCAGACGCCGUCAGCGCGAGGUUGCCCCUGAUCCUUCCAACCCUCGCCGCCCUCCUCGCCAUCGUUCUUUUCCAAAAUGUCUUGAGCCGGAAACCCCUCGCGAAUAUCCCCGUUGCGGGACAGCACCUGGGUGGUGAUGAAAAACGGAGACAGGCAUACCUCACCAAGGCCGCCGACCUAUACGCUGAGGGCUAUAAAAAGUUCAAGGACAGUGUCUUCCGGAUCGUAACGACCAAUAAGUUUACUGUCAUUGUCGUGCCGCCAAAGUUCCUCGGCGAGCUCAGGAAGCUUCCGGACGAUGUCGUGAGCUUUAACGAUGCCCUUACCCAGGUCAUGCACACCAAGUACACCAAGCUCCCCGUCGGCGAGAGCACGGUUCCUCACACAGUCAAGACCAGCCUGACGCCAGCCUUGGUACGCCUUAACCCAACCAUUGCCGAAGAGGUUCAACAGUCGAUCCUUCAAGAGCUGCCUCCAUGCAACGAUUGGACCUCCCUCAACAUCAACCGCAAACUCCUGCGUAUCGUCGCCCUCGUGUCAGGCCGGAUCUUCAUCGGCGCCGAGCUCAGCCGCUCAGAGGAGUACCUGGAUGCCGCCAUCAGCUACACGAUGGAGUUGAUGGAAGCCCGCCGCGCGUUGGAGGAAGUUCGCCCAUGGCUCCGUCCAUUCAUCGGCAGCCGGUUGCCCGAGGUCAAGAAGCUCGACCAACGACGACUGCAGGCAGACAAGUUCUUGCGCCCCAUUGUGGCCGCCAGGCGUCAAAUGCAGGACGGCGAAAAGCCCGACGACAUGCUGCAGUGGAUGAUGGAUGGGGAAGACAAGGUCAAGCAGAGCACGACCAGGGAGCUGGCAAUGCUCCAGCUCGCCAUUUCCUUCGCGGCCAUCCACACCACAACCUUGACGGCUACCAAUGUUUUCUACAACCUGGCAGCCUACCCGCAAUACAUCCCAGAGCUACGCGACGAAAUUCGCACUGUUCUCGCCGAGCACAACGGCGUCUUCACCAGCUCAGCGAUGCAGGCCAUGAAAAAGCUCGAUAGCUUCCUCAAGGAAACGAUGCGCCUGGACCCGGCCGGCACCGUCUCCUUCCAGCGCAAGGUCAAGAAAACGUUCACCCUCUCCAACGGUCAGGUCAUCCCAGCUGGUGUCGUUGUCGAGGUCCCCUCCGCCGCCAUCGGCCGCGAUUCCGACGUGUUCCCGGACGCCGAUAAGUUCGACCCCUGGAGGUUCUCCCGCUUGCGUGAGGAGGCUCGCCAGUCCGGCGAAGUGGAGGCUGCGGCCCAAAACCAGUUCGUAUCCGUUAACCCGACUGUCCUGACCUUUGGCUUUGGGCGCCAUGCCUGCCCUGGUCGCUUCUUCGCUGCCAAUGAGAUCAAGAUGAUUGUCGCCAACUUCGUCCUCGCCUACGACAUGGCUCUCCCAGAAGGAGUGACCGAGAGAUACCCAAAUCUCACAUUCGGCGCGUCGUCUGUACCGGACCCGACGAAGGAGGUACUGUUCAAGAGGAUUGCAUAA